AUGCAAGUCACGGAUUUCCCACAAUGUCAGCCGAAGAAGCAGAGGAUCAUACAUGUCGGCAUGGGAGCUGCCGGAAUGCUUUGUGCCCACAAGUCGAAGAAGAUGCUCACGAAUUACGAGCUUGUCUGCUACGACAAGAACCCGUCGCCAGGAGGCACGUGGUUGGAGAACAGGUACCCAGGGUGUGCUUGCGACAUACCUGCACACUCGUACACCUUUCCCUUUGAGCCGAAUCCAGAGUGGAGCUCUUACUACGCUUAUGCUCCGGAAAUCCAAGAGUACUUCAUGAAGUUCUACCACAAACACAGUCUUGCAGAGUUCGCCGUGUUCAAUACAGAGGUAUUGAGUGCCGAAUGGGACGGCGUGAAAGGGAUCUGGAAGGUCGAAUUGAAGAACACCAAAGAUGGCACCAUCAUUCACGACACCUGCAACGUUUUGAUUAAUGGCUCAGGCGUACUUACCAAAUGGAAAUGGCCAUCAAUCCGGGGGCUCCAAGACUUUAAAGGCAUCGUGGCUCAUUCUGCCUCUUGGCCACAAGGCCUUGAUUGGAGCGGCAAGCGUGUCGCAGUGAUCGGGUCCGGCUCAUCGUCAAUCCAGAUGGUGCCGAAGCUCGCAGAGACCGCCACUCAACUAUCGGUGUUCAUGCGGAACAAGACGUACAUUGCUCCUCAAUUUGGCGCGAACAUCACGAACAAAGAAGCAGAUCCUGAUGCCAUGGACCCAGCAGCAGCGGGCAAACACAAGUAUACAGAGCUAGAGAAGAAGCGAUUUCGAGAAGAUCCGGAAUAUCUCCAAGCUUACCGUACCAGGUUGGAACAGGGGGUGGCCAGCGGAUGGGACAAUGUCUACCGCGGCAGUGACCUCAACGUACAAGGUAAAGCAUAUGUACAAGCCAGUAUGAGAGAGCGACUCGGAGACAGGGAUGACCUGAAAGAGAAGAUCAUUCCCUCCUGGAGUCCUGGAUGUCGCCGCUUGACCCCGGUCGAGAACUAUCUCGAGUCUCUCACCCGUCCCAAUGUCGAGGUGGUUUGGGGUGAGAUCGACCAUAUUUCGGAGUCUGGGCUCGUCACCGAGUCUGGGCGUGAAGUCCAAGUCGACAUUCUGGCAUGCGCAACUGGCUUCGAUGUCCAAUUUCUGCCUCAUUUCAAAAUCACGGGCGAAGGAGGCCGUGUGAUGCAGGACCAGAAAGAUCCCAACAUCUAUGCGUCAAUCGCACAUCCGAAUUUCCCCAACUACUUCGUCAUCAACGGGCCUCGAGGCAAUUGGGCUCAAGGAUGCGCUCUACCUUCGCACGAAACACAAGUCGAGUACGCACUGCAAUGCUGCCGCAAAAUGCAGGAAGAUCGCAUCAAGAGCAUGGCGCCUAUACAGAAGAUAACGGAUCAGCUGAAUGCGUAUGAAGAUGCCUGGCAUGCGAAGCACUCCAUCUGGGCAGAAGAUUGUCGCUCGUGGUACAAGGAUAACACCCGGGACGGCCGUGUCUUCGUUUGGCCCGGAUCUAUGCUCCACCAUCUCAAGUACUUGAAGCGGCCUCGCUACGAGCACUACGAGAUCGAGUAUGACGACCCGGACAAUAUCUUUGCAUUCUUGGGCAACGGGAAGACGAUCAGCGAGGUGAAAUACGGCCCUCAAGUCCCUGUGCCAUAUAUCCGGAUCAAUGAGGAUGAACUCUGGGAUAUUGAGUGAGAGUACUGUACGACUGUAUAUCAGCUUCCAACACCCG